AUGAAGUACAAGAAGAACGACACGCUGAUCCCUAAGAACACCUCUCUGGUGGUAAAGCGUGUUCCGGCCACCAAUGGAGCACCUGUCAAAAAGUUCUGGGAUCCAAACGCCAACAAGACGCCCACCAUUUCGGCGUCGUUCGCUGCUGCCGUGCUGCCGCCACAGAUGCCCAGCAGUGACGCGGUCUCCGGCUCGGCUGUGUUCUCGGGGAGUGAUCUCACCAAGAUUGGCGGCUCAGAGGAGGACAAGAUCAAGCACAUGAUGAGUCAGUCGACCAGCCAGUACGACCCUUCCAGAUACGUCAAGUACAAGGGCGCCCAUUUGCUGACGCCGGCGCCCUCCAGCCACAAGUGCUACCGCUGCUUCAACUUCGGCCACUACGCACAAAACUGUCCGCUCGCGGCGGCGGAGGUCAAGAAGGCCACCGGCAUCCCGCGCAGUUUCAUGGUGCCCGUCAACGACCCCAAGAUGCCGGGCGCCAUGAUAGCGCCCGACGGCAGUCUGGCUGUACACAGGGUCGACUACUCCACGUACAAGGAUAAACAGCAGGGUCGGAUGGACACGCCGCCUCCGAGCACGCGUCCCCAGGUGCCCGACGACCUCUGCUGCAAGGUCUGCAAGGACCUGAUCCGCGAGGCCGUCAUGUCGCCGUGCUGCGGCGAAAACUUCUGCGACGAAUGUCUGCGCACGGCGCUGGUCGAGUCGGAGAACAGCGAAUGCCCCGAGUGCCACCAGACGGACGUCUCGCCGGAUAACAUCAUCCCCAACAGAUUCAUCCGGAAACGCGUCGUCAAGUUCGAGUGA